CAUUACUCUGCGACGACUGUAGCGUCUGCAUCACACAAUGCCGAAAGCGAACAAGAAGGCAGGCGGAAAGGGCAAGGUGUACAACCUGCCCACCGCACAGCGCAGCAGCAAGUCUGGCGGCGUGCCCAAGCUCCAGGCGCUCAAGGACAAGCGUCAGCAGACGUCUCCUUACACCAAGGCCAAGCCCGUGGCCCCCACUAUCGGUGCCAAGUCGAUGACGGCGCUGGCCUCGACGUCGACGCACCAGGGCAACACGUACGAUGCGACCGUUCACGUCGCCGAGGACGGCACGCCGAUCGACGCGUCGCUGACGGUGCGCGACUCGUCGGCCAAGGCGUUCAUGCGCGAGCUGCGCAAGGUCAUCGAGCGCGCCGACGUGAUCAUCCAGGUGCUCGAUGCGCGCGACCCCGACGGCACGCGCAGCAAGUGGGUCGAGGAGGAGGUGCGCAAGCGCGACCAGCAGGGCAAGAAGCUGCUCGCUGUCGUCAACAAGAUCGACCUUGUGCCGCGUGAAAACCUCGAGAGCUGGCUCAAGCACCUCCGACACUCGUUCCCCACCAUGCCGUUCAAGAGCUCGACGCAGAACCAGCGCGUCAACCUCGCCCAGAACAACACGCAGCUCAGCGUCGAAGCGGUCAUCCCGGGCCAGAAGGCGACCAAGCUCGUGGAGCUUCCGCAGACCAGCUCGUCGCUCGGCGCGCCGGCGCUGUUGAAUCUGCUCAAGCAGUACGCGCUGUCGACGCCCCAUUCGGCUCUGACCGUCGGCGUGGUCGGCUACCCCAACGUCGGCAAGUCGAGUCUUAUUAACUCGCUCAAGAGGAGCAAGGCAUGUGGCGUCGCCGCUAUGCCGGGCAAGACGCGUGUCGUGCAGGAGGUGGUGCUCGACAAGGGCGUCAAGAUCCUCGACUGCCCCGGUGUCGUUCUCGAGGACAUUGGACGCGAGUUUGAGGGAGAGUUUGGAAGGAGGAAGCAGGCCGAGAUCAUGCUCCGCAACGCCAUCAAGGCCGAGCUGGUCGAGGACCCCACUGCCCCGAUUGAGGUUAUUCUCGACCGCGCCGACCCGGCGCUGCUCCAGAAGCUGUACUCGAUCCCAGAGUACACUGACGUGCGCGACUUCCUUAUCAAGAUCGCAUUGACAAGGGGACGACUUGGCAAGGGCGGUAUUCCCGACCUCGAGGCCUCGGCCGUCCAGGUGCUGCGCGACUGGAACAGCGGCAAGAUUCCCUACUACACCCGGCCACCGGCCAUCCACCCGUCCAACGCCAAGGAGGUUGUGGUCGAGGGUGAGGAGGAUAUCGCCAUGGACGGCGAGCGUGUCGGCGACGCCAAAAUUCUCACAACGCUGAGUGAGGCUUUCUCCCUCGACGGCCUGUUCGACAACCUCGGCGACGAGGCUGAAUGGCAGGGUGGUGAUGAGGACGGGGAGGAGGAUAUCACCGAGCAGGCUGUCCCAGUGGUGUCGAGGCCAGCACCUAUGGCUGCACCAGUACCUGCUGCCGCCUCAUCCAGCCGCUUCGACCGCGCGUUCGCCGCCAACAUUGACAGCGACGACGACAUGGGAUCAGAACCCGAGGACGACGAGCCGGAUUCGCCAGUGCUCCGUCCCAUGCCUGCCCCGCGAUUCCCUGCGCCCCAGCAGCAAGCGAUUGGCGCCGCAUACAUGCCCGCCCCCGCGCAGCGCGUUGCCGACCCGGCUCGCUUGUUCACCGCCGCCGAGCUCGCCUCUGGGCCUGCGCUUGAUCGGGCAAGGCAAAAGGCCGCGGCCAAGAAGGCCAAGAAGCGCCAGGCGAUUGCCGAGCGCACCGAGGCGGAGCUGCUCGGCGGCUUCAUCGGCAUGGACGUUGACAACGGCGCCAUUUACAAUGACGAGGGGCCAGCCCCGACGAUCAAGACGGCCAAGCAGAAGCGCGACGACAAGAAGGCCGCGGCCAAGCUGCGCGCACAGGCUGCUCAGGCUGCUCGUGCUGCACCGGCCGCCGAGAUGGAGCUCGACCGCGGAACGGAGACGAGAAAGGAGGCCGACUUUGCCAGUUUCCUGGCCAGCAUGGGUGACACGAUGCUGGCGGCGCUGUCGCCGUUUGCGCUGCUCACGCCGAGCCAGAUCCCAGUGGGGCGCGGCCUGCCCGCGCUCACGAGCCACGCAAUCUCCGUCUCGCUGCCGCUGUGGGCAGACAACAUUGCCUACGAGGAGGGCGAGCUCGUCGGCAAGAUGGAGACGGGGUACCCGCGCUUCUUUAUCCACCUGUCUAUCCAAAAGCUCGCGGCCAACUGCCUCGCCAAGUUUGGCCAGCCGGGCGAGGACGCCAUGCUCUUCCCUACGCCGCGGAUCGCGGCCGAGGCGCGCGACUUCCUCGCGGCGCAGAACCCGCCCAUUGCGAGCCGGAUCGUCGAGCGUGUCAUCUGCCCCGGCGCCAACAGCCUCAAGUCGGCCCGCACCGGCGGCAUCGACUGCAUCGAGCUCCAGAUCCUCUUCUUCCCAAAGGAGAGCUUCCCCUUCGCCAAGGCGUUCUGGCAGCACACGGGCGACGGAGUCAGUUCGCGCUUGGCCGACCGCGGCCUCGCGUUCCUCGGCGAGCUGCCCGCUGGCCCUGGCGCACCGAACCCCCCGCCUGCCGCCGCCGCGGGGAGCUCGUCGAACGGUAGCGCCGGUACCAUCCACGCCCCGCCACCCCAGCGCGGAGGGUACUCCCGCAACCGCCACUACGCGCGCAAGUGCGUCCCUGGCGCCGCGCCAGCCCCUACCGAGCCGGCGCGCACCGACAGCCCAGCGGAGGACGACGGCGCCGACGUCUCGACCUACGUCGAGGAGCGCUACGGACGUAACCUGCCCCUGUUCAACGCGCCGCUUGCCAAGACGGCCCUCAAGCGCCGUAUUGCCGGCGGCGUCCUGCCCCAGGACAAGGAGUUUGGCGUGUCGUCCGAGGCCGAGGUCAAGCGCGGUGUCACCGACGACGACGUCUACCUCUACCCCGGCGGCAUGAGCGCCAUCUGGCACGCGCACCACCUUGCUCGAUUGGCAAGGCAGCGCUCUGGCAUCAAGGAGGGCAAGAGUGUGUGCUUCGGCUUCCCCUACACCGACACCCUCAAGAUCCUCAACAAGUGGGGCCCCGGAUGUACGUUCUACGGCAACGGUGACGCUGCCGAUCUCGACGCGUUCGAGGCGGCCCUCGACGCGCAGGACAAGUCGGAGCCGAUUCUGGCCGUCUUCUCAGAGUUCCCCUCCAACCCCCUCUUGCGGUGUGCCGACCUCAAGCGCCUGCGCCAGCUCGCCGACAAGCACGGCUUCUUGAUCGUUAUCGACGAGACGAUCGGCAACUUUAUCAACGUCGACGUCGUCCCCUACGCCGACAUUAUCGUGUCGUCGCUCACCAAGAUUUUCAGCGGCGACUCGAACGUCAUGGGCGGCUCGUUGAUCCUCAACCCGGCGCAAAAGUCGUACGAGGCGCUCAAGGCCGUCCAGAAGGAGGUGUACGAGGACGCCUACUACGCCGAGGACGCAGUGUACAUGGAGCGCAACUCGCGCGACUACCGCUCGCGCAUCAAGCGCGUCAACGACAACGCGUUCGACGUGACAGAGUACCUGCACUCGCGGUCGUUGACCGACACGAGCACGCCCGCGGACGGCAAGGUGAUCAAGCGCAUCUACUACCCGCGGUACGAGACGCCCGAGCUGUACGCAGCGUGUCAGAACACGCCCCCGCUCGGCAAGGGCGGCUUUGGCGGUUUGUUUUCGGUCACGUUCACGUCUCUGGCCGCGUCCAAGGCGUUCUACGACAUCCUCAAGUGCGCCAAGGGCCCGUCGCUCGGCACGUCGUUUACGCUUGCGUCGCCGUACACUAUUCUUGCGCACUACGGCGAGCUGGACUGGGCCGCCGAGUUUGGCGUCGAGUCGGGCCUGGUGCGUAUCAGUGUCGGACAAGAGGACUCGGCCACGCUCAAGGAGUGGUUUGAGGAGUCGGUCGCGGCCGCCGAGGCUGCCGGACGUGCCGAGGCCGCCAAGGUCGCGGCAAACGGACAGGCGGCCUAA